UUUCAUUUAAAAUUGUACAGUUUCAGAUUUAUUUGGAUACAAAAUUUGUUGUAAGCAAAAUGACUACCUACUUCUAUUAUCCGAAUCGGGAAAUGCAGGAGGAGCUGGCCUGCAUUGCCAAAGCUUUGGUAGCACCAGGCAAGGGCAUAUUAGCAGCCGAUGAUUCGAUUAAUGUGAUGAGCAAACGUUUCGCUGUUAUUGGGCUGGAGAACACCGAAGAGAAUCGACGCCUAUAUCGCCAGCUGCUGUUCACAACUGAUGCUAAGAUUUCAGAGAAUAUAUCGGGUGUUAUAUUAUUUCAUGAGACGCUCUAUCAGAAAACAGACGCUGGCAUGCCCUUUCCUGAGGUGCUGCGCAAAAAGGGCAUUAUACCUGGCAUAAAGGUGGACAAGAGUCCAGUGCCGCUGUUCGGCUCUAUGGAUGAGUUCACCACUCAAGGCUUGGACGACUUGCCGCAGCGCUGUGCGCAAUACAAAAAGGAUGGCUGCGAUUUUGCUCGCUGGCGUUGUGUGCUUAAAGUAGAUAAAACGACGCCUUCGUUUCAGGCUAUGACUGAGAACGCCAAUGUGCUAGCUCGCUAUGCGGCCAUUUGCCAAUCUCAGCGCAUGGUGCCCAUAGUAGAGCCGGAUAUUUUAACUGUUGGCGAUCAUGACAUCGAUCGCUGUCAAAAGGUAACCGAGACUGUGUUGUCAACGCUUUUUAAAGCGCUGCUGGAUCAUCAUGUUUAUUUGGAGGGUCUGCUGCUGCGUCCCAACAUGGUUACCGCUGGUCAGAACAGCAACAAGAACAAUACAGCAGCUGAAAUAGGUUUGGCUACAAUACUCUCGCUGCGGCGCACUGUGCCACCCGCUGUACCAGGCAUUUUGUUUUUGUCUGGCGGCCAGUCGGAGGAGGAAGCUUCAGUCAAUUUGAAUGCCGCCAACAAUGUGCCGCUUUGCAAGCCUUGGGCGCUCUCCUUUUGCUUUGGGCGCGCGCUGCAGGCAUCCGCCAUGCGCAGCUGGGGCGGCAAAAAGGACAACAUGCUAACCGCUCAGAACGAGCUCAUCAAACGCGCCAAGGCCAACAGUUUGGCAAGCAUUGGCAAGUAUAUGUCUGGGUCGGUGGAAGGCUCAGCUGGCGCUGAAAGAUUGGUCAUCGAAUCAGUCGAAUCAUAGAGCGCACCUUAAAUGGUCAAUUUGCUCUGUGGCUGCCCCCGUUGCGGCUUUUUCGGUUGCUGCUGACACUUGGACGCAGGCCGCGUGUUGCACGUCGAGCCAACAACACGAAAUAUUGUUAACAGCGCACAACACGACUGCUGUUAACUACAAAAUGUUGCAUUAAUCCGCGGAGAUUACCAACUGGCCAGGUCUGAACUCAACUGCAGCACUGCAGCUUAAUUAACGCAAACGCAUGCCAAAAAGCCAAAGCGCCAAAGUGCCAACGCGCUCGCCUGUCCGCCUGCCAAGCCGGCGGCCAAGUGUUGAACUUAAUCAGCCCGCUUCAGCUUCAUUGGAAGCAGCUAGUGCUUCGGCUGGCGUCAGUGUCAUGUUGCUGGCAAAUUAGUCAGCCAGCCCACCAGCUCCACUGGGCCACUGAGCCAGGCAGUGACAGCGACUAUGGCCAUAAUUAAAAUUAAAGCACUGACUAAGACACGCUACAGCAACAGCUGGCAUAGAAGUUGAGCUUACAACUAACAAAUAUUGGACUUUAAAAUUUUUAAUAAAAAUUUAACUAACAUGAA